UCCUCGGUCACGGCCCGUGACUUUCAGGGAGCCUCCACGGAGCCCGUCCGGGCGCCCCUGCCCCAGUCGCUGAUGCACCGGGUAGUGCAGCCGCCGGCGAUGCUGUGCUGCCUGCCCGGCGUGGCUUUCGUCCCUGCUUUGCUCGUCGCCUGGUCCUCGGCCGCCUUCAUCAUUUCCUAUGUGAUCGCCGUGCUGGAGGGGCACGUCGAGCCCCUCGUCCCCUACAUCAGUGACACUGGAACUAAACCUCCAGAGAGUGGCAUCUUUGGUUUUAUGAUUAAUAUUUCAGCACUUUUAGGUGUAAUUACAAUGUACAUCAGAUAUUUAUUAAUAAAGAAGCAAAAUGAGUCAUCACACUUUAUUAAGCCUUCAUGCAAUAUAUUUUCAUUAUCUAUCGGAUUGAUGGGCUGUAUUGGAAUGGGCAUAGUUGCAAGUUUUCAGGAGCUGUCUGUUCCCAGUGUCCAUGACAUAGGAGCUUUGGUGGCAUUUGGCUCAGGUGUUGUAUACAUUACACUUCAGUCUAUAAUCUCUUACAAGUCCUGUCCACGAUGGAACACUUACUUUGUAUGUCACAUAAGGAUGGCCAUAUCUGGAAUAUCAUGCAUUGCUUUCAUUCCCAUGAUUGUGUUUGCUUCAAAAAUUUCCAUGACAAAAAUUGAUUGGACUCCAGAUGAAAAGGAUUAUACUUACCAUUUUAUGAGCGCAAUCUGUGAAUGGACAGUGGCCUUUGGUUUUAUCUUCUUCUUUUUGACAUUCAUUAGAGAUUUUCAGAGAUUUUCUUUAAGGAUAUCAACAGAAAUACAUGAAGACCCCUGAUAGUGGAGAAAACUACGUUUUAUAUGUAUGAAUAUUUUAGGUUUCUUUUUACUUGCAGAAAAUGGUGCAGAGGGACAAGGACUUUCAAAGCUGUAUAAAGAAAAGUUGCCAUUAACUCAACAUCUAUAACAGCAUUCACUA